CUCAGGUACUUUCAACAUUCUCUGAUUCUGAGCUACACUACCAAGACCAAGCUACUACUACUACUGUCACUGUGUUAUUAGCCAGCUCAGAUCGGUUGGCAGAAUGUCUCUGCUGCUUUGUUGUGUUGUGAUGGCUCUGCACCUAGCAACAGGGCUGGAUGCUGCCCCAGGGGUGGUGAACACUACAGAGGAGGAGGUGGAAGGGGUGGACUCCCAGUCACCAUGCCCAGCCGGGUGGCAUCAGAAUGAGCAUCGCUGCUUCUCCUUCUUCCCCAUCUGGGGCACCUGGGCCACUGCAGAGUUGUACUGCUCCCAACACAGAGGGAACCUGGUGUCGGUUCACAGCCCGGGUCAACAGGUGUUUGUCCAGGAUCUGGUCAGGAGACAAACAGACCAGCCGGUCUGGAUGGGAGGCUACGAUGCAGCUCAGGAGGGGAUGUGGCUGUGGAGUGACGGCUCAGCUGUUGACAGUUUCUACUGGGAGGAGGAUGAGCCCAGUAACUCUGGACAGGGGGAGAACUGUAUGGAGCUGCACACUGGAGGUGGGCAGGGCUGGAAUGACGUGGCCUGUGCAGAGCUGAGGUUCUAUGUGUGUUCUAUGGAGACAAGAUCUGGUUUAGCAUCAUUGCCAAGUCAGAAGAAAUCACAUGAGAGAGAGCUGGUUGAAGAGGUGAGUAUUUAUGACGUCCUGUGGGAGACCAGUGAGAGAGUAGCAGAUGAGAUCCUCGACUCAGCCUUCCUCAGAGGGAUGUAUUCCAGACGUCUGCCUGCCCGCUGCUAUGCUGACUUCUGCCACCAGGAGGUGCUAUACCUGGACAGAGUCAUCACCAUGCUGCGGGUGCUGAUCAGAACAGUCCAGGGUCCUCCAGACAUCAUGCUGUUUCUCCAGAGAACACAUCAACGCUACCAGGAGUCUCUGAAGAAGGCCCAGAUCCAAACUCCACCACACCUGAACCUGUCCUCCAUCCAGCCCUCUGCAGCUGUGCGUCAGUACCUCCAGAGCUUCCAUGACAUUGUGAAUGAGGAGCCCAUCUACUGGCUGGUGUCUCUGCUGCCCAGAGCCCUGCUCAGACCUUACCUGGCACAGAACCUGCCCCUGGGAGAGAGGACCAGACCAGACCCCAGCCCCUGCCUCUACCCCUGGCUAAACCUCUUCCCCUGCCCCUGCUACCAGUGGGGGGGAGAGGACAUGAUGUCAGACCAGAGGAGCCAGAAGGAUGAGUCAGGGACAAAUUACAGGCAUCUACUGGAGAAGUACCAGGGUGUGAUAGACGUCUAUAAGGCUGUCAACAUCUUCAGAGUCCAGAUGAUCAACGAGAAGUCUCUCUUCACCUCCAGACUAGCUGCUGACGGACUGGUCCUGGGGCUGGCUGCUGACGGGCUGGUCCUGGGGCUGGCUGCUGACGGACUGGUCCUGGGGCUGGCUGCUGACGGGCUGGUCCUGGGGCUGGCUGCUGAUGGACUGGUCCUGGGGCUGGCUGCUGACAGACUAGCUGCUGACGGACUGGUCCUGGGGCUGGCUGCUGACGGACUAGCUGCUGACGGGCUGGUCCUGGGGCUGGCUGCUGAUGGACUGGUCCUGGGGCUUGCUGCUGCCGGGCUGGUCCUGGAGCUAGCUGAGGCCAGCCCCAGGACCAGCCCGUCAGCAGCUCGUCCGUCAGCAGCCAGCCCCAGGACCAGUCCGUCAGCAGCUAGUCCGUCAGCAGCCAGCACCAGGACCAGUCCGUCAAGCGGCCAGCCCCAGGACCAGGCCGUCAGCAGCCAGUACGUCAGCAACCAGCCCCAGGACCAGGCCGUCAGCAGCCAGUACGUCAGCAACCAGCCCCAGGACCAGCCCGUCAGCAGCUACCAGCCCCAGGACCAGUCCGUCAGCAGCCAGCCCCAGGACCAGUCCGUCAGCAGCCAGCCCCAGGACCAGUCCGUCAGCAGCUCGUCCGCCAGCAGCCAGCCCCAGGACCAGUCCGUCAGCAGCCAGCCCCAGGACCAGCCCGUCAGCAGCCAGCCCCAGGACCAGCCCGUCAGCAGCUCGUCCGUCAGCAGCUAG